AUGUAUAGCCCUUAUCAUAGGCGUCCCUUGCCUGAUUACAUUUUUGCAUCGCCACUAGUAGCUCUUCUAUAUCCUUUCCACCAACUUCUUCUUCGUCUUCGGGGUCCUCCGCGUCUGCCAUCUCCAGCCCAACCGAUCCGUGUUGUUUGCAUCUCCGAUACCCACACCCUCGAAUGGCCAGAUGUACCAGAUGGCGACCUGCUAAUUCAUGCCGGUGAUCUCGCAAAUGAUGGUUCAGUCGUGAUCUGCGGCAACCACGAUAGCUACUUCGAUGCGCGGUCGCGUUGCGACGAGGACCGCGACGAGAACGUUUCAUUCGCGAAUGUGUCCUCAUUGACCGCUUCAAUCCGGUCACUGGAUGAUUUGAACGCUGCGUCGCGUAUCGACUGGGGCGAGAUUCAUUACCUCCAACACUCCUCUGUCGAACUCUCCUUUCCUACAACCUUAGACGCAUCCUCAGACACUCCACUCACGAGCUCCAACUCUCGGUCCUUGACAAUCUAUGGCGCGCCUCAAAUACCGGCACUUGUGCCCUUCGGCCCUGAACAUGCUUUCACAUACCCUCCACACCACGACGCCUGGUCCCGCACCAUUCCCCCGGAAACAGACAUCCUCGUCACCCACACGCCCCCACAAGCCCACCUCGAUUUGUCCCCAGUCUACUCAACCGGCUGUCCAAAUCUCCUCGCUGAGAUAUGGCGUGUCCGCCCAAUCCUCCACGUCUUCGGCCACAUCCAUGAGUCUGCCGGUUCCGAGCCCGUCUUCUGGGACGAAGCCCAGCGCGCCUGGGAACGACUUUGCACAUCACGUCGCCCACGCGCUCAACAUGGUCGUUUCAUGACACUGUUCGGGUUCUUGCGUGAUCUUUUCGAUCCCUCGGGGUGGGCGGAUGCAGCUAGAGUCUUGAUAUAUGGUGUGAUCGGUGUCGUCUGGGCGCAGGUCUGGGGAGGCGAGGCUAGAGGUAGCUGGAUGGUGAAUGCUGCAUGCAUGUACCGUGCCAGUGGGAAGCUAGGCAACGCGCCUCAGGUGAUCUCUUUGUGA